AUGCUUCACACCGCCGUGGCGCCGUCGUUGCCGGCCUCAGUGGUGACACAUACCGUCUCUGGCUAUUUUCUUCCAGACUCGUUGGCGGCGCAGAAGGAGAAGGAGGUGGUAGUCAUUCGGCAGAAUCACCUCACACUGUAUCGUGUGAAGGAGACGCCUCACUCGUACGUCGCUGCAGGGCUCUCUUCAGUGGAGCAGCUUGGGCAGGUGGCGGAGGUCUCACUACACGCACCGCCGCUGGCAGCCGCAACAUGCCGCCCGUUUCGGGCCGCCUCCGACAUCGUAGUCCUUCUCUUUGAUGACUUUCAUGUUUCCUUCCUGCAGUACAGCCCGGUUACACUGCAGUUCAACACGGUGGCCCUUGUCCAGUUGGAUGACCGCCAGCUGAGCCUCGACCGAUGCCCGCUCAGCGCGAUGCUGCGGGUGGACGAGACGGGCACCUACGUUGCCGUGCUGGCCAAGCGGAGCGACCUCUUCUUCUUCCCUGUGAUGGAAAUGAUGGACCAGCAGGCAAUGGCACAGGCACAGGCACAGGCGGCGAAUGCCGCCGCACAUACAGAGCCCAAGCCCGCUGCCUUCGCGGGGAGCGAGGAGACGGCUGUGACAACACCCCCUGGUACGACGGCGGCCGCCGCUCAAAAGCCCACCGUGGCGCUCAAUGCGUGGGGAGAUGAGGACGAUGAAGACAACGACAAAGCACCGCACCCGCGCACGCCUCUGGAGGCGCCGAAUAAAGAGCAGUCAGCUCCUUCGAAACCGAUGACAAGUGAUGAGAGCAACGUGGCGCCUGGAACAGCAUCGUCGGAGAAAGUACGACAGGCUGGGGGCACCUCGCUGCUGCUGCGCAUCGGCAGCGUGACGCACUGGUGCCUGCAAGAGGUAAAGGGUGCGCUGCGCAACAUCCGCGAUGUUCAGUUCGUCGCGUCAGCCGGUGAGCCUCUGCUGGCGUUUCUGUUUGAGAAGCAGCCGACGUGGGCGGGCCGAGUGAAGCUGCUGGAGUGGCGCAGCAAGACAGUUGAGUCGCACAUGCUAACAUGCUCUAUCGAGUGGAUGAAAGUAACACUGGCGAACACCGCGGCGCCGCAUAUGCUCUCUCUCAGCGAGGUGGAUGGGCUGCCGUACGAUGCGACGAGCAUGACCCCGCUUCCAGCUUUCCAGGAUGUGCCGUCUGCCGUGUUGUGCGUGAGUCGCAACAUGAUGGUGCACGUGAGCACAAAAAGCGGCUACGGCGUGUACGUGAACGCUAUGGGUGAAGAGCAGGCGCGCAGUUUGAAAUCCUCAGCCGUGAGUUGUGAGGCGCUGCAGUGGCGUAACGCCUCACAGGCAACGUCUACGGACCUCGUGAAGGUGAACCUCAACUUCGCGAACGCCACGUCCGUGCUUCUCUCGCAGCCGACGACGCCGGGGAAAGCGCUGGCGGUAUCGACUGCUGCUGCAUCUGCAUCUGUAGGCAAUCACAGUCAGCACCUGCUUGUUAUAACAGAGGAGGAGGGGACUGUCGUGGAGGUGCACCUACAGAGCCACGGCUACUCCGUUGGGAGCAUCAGUGCAGAAAUCGUCAUGACUGGCUGCUUCUGCUCCUCGUACGCUGCCAUCGACGCCACACGGUACUUUCUCGGUGCCUUGAACGGCGACUCUCGUUUGAUUGCCCACACCCCACGCGACCCGUGUAAGGUGCUCCAGAAAUUUGUCGGUCUCGGGCCCGUGCGGGACGUCGACAUUGUGGAUACCACCAGCACCGCCGCCCCCCUGGGGGGAGAGGAUGAUCUACACGAUUCGUCUGUCGAGACCUCCCCGUACGCAGACCUGUUUCGCACCGUGGAGCUCGAGGCAGAGCCGACCAUGACACCGUCGCAGCGAAAGGCGGUAAUGGAUAUUGCUCUGUGUUCCGGUAGUGGCUCGGCAGGAAGUCUCUCAAUCUUGCGACGAUCGAUCCGCAGCCGCGUGGUGCGGCAGGAAGAGCUGAACGCCAUCUCCGUUUUCUUUUUGGAACCCGCCAACCCCGAUGCCCGCAAGCGACAGCGAGACGUCGUGGACGAAGGCGAGAGAGGGGAUGCACCUUCAGCGUCGCUGGUCGGUGCUGGCGCUGUGCUGCACUCGCACCUCCUCAUCAGCGGCACGAACUUUUCCAUUCUCUUUGCGGUGCGCAGCGACUCGGUACAGCAGGUGCGUGGGGCUGCUCUCAGCGUGGCUGCUCGCACCGUUUACGCUGUGCAUGUCGACUGGAUGCCAGGCCUGCUGCAAGUGACGGAGACGGAACUGCGACUUCUCUCUGGCGAUGGCAAGCGUCGACUGGCCAGUACGGAAUUCCGGACGCUGCCGGCAAUUCAGCAAGCCAGCAGCCAGGGUGCCGCGGCAAACCUGGCUGUCUCUGCCUUGUUGGUCGCUGAAAUGCGCUGCGUCCUUGUCCGCUUCACAGAUGGGCAACUGCUGUCCUUUGGCCUGGAGGAUGCCAAGGCGAUGUCAACGGCGGCUCUUCUCCUCGAGAAGGUAACGGCCGUCGCAUGGUGGAAAUCGGCAGCGCAAGACCCGCGGCAACGCCAGCACACGCUGGUGGUAGUGCAGAGCAUGGACCUCAUUUUUUACACGCUGCAGUCACCGCAAGCAGUGCAGCGGGCGUCGAGCUUCCCCAAUUUUGCUCUCAUUCCACCUUUUGCGACGGAAGGGGUUGAGACGCCAGUGGUGAAGCUGCGCGAGCGGCUGAAUGCAGAGCCGCUGCCGACUGUCACGCACCUCUCCGUUUUCGAUCAGCACGAGAAUGCCGCUGUGUCAGCUGCGCCGACGGAGGCGACUCUCGUGAUGAUUCUGUCAACCGGGGAGUUAGUGACGUACCGGGUUGUCCCUGCUGAUGCCAGCGCACCCAGGAGAUGCGUGAAGCUGGUUUAUCACAUCCUUGAUGUGGCCCCGGAGGUAGAUGUGGUGGAGUCUAUCGAGGUUCGCAAGAAGCGUUUACAGGAAGAGCGAGCACACUUGGCGAGUGUCACGCAACAGAUGCGCCGGUGUAGCGAGCGUCUGGUGCCAUUUUGUGCCCUCCAGGGCCGGCACAAGGGCAUCUACGUUUGCGGUCAGACGCCGGUGUUUCUCGUCUAUCAUUAUGCCACGAAUCAGCUUGUCUGUACCCGGCAUCACGCGACAAGCGCAGUGCGCGGCUUCGCGCCGUUCCACUCGCGGCAUGUGCACGGCGGUUUUGUCUACUGCGGCGAGGGUUUUGUGCAUUUCGCCACCAUGCAGCCCUUCGGCGAGCUGCUUGGCAGCAGCGGGUGGUGGCUGGAGCGGGUGCGCUUGGGGUGCACUCCCCACCAGGUCAUCUACUCCCCUGCAGCGCAUGGGUGCUUUGUCGUGGUGUCUCGACCGCAACCGUUUUCCCCGAAGAGGGCCCCUUUCGAUGUGCAGCUGCGGAUGGUCGAGGACGAGGAGGGCAAUCGUGUGCCGCAUGUGGUAGAACCAGUGUCGCUGCCGCCCCUGUCCGCCACUUCCGGCUCACCUGUACCAACGAACGGGCGCUAUGAGGUGCAGCUCUUUUCCACGUUGGACUGGCAGCGCGUGGAUUGCCUUGCACUGGAUGUGAAUGAAAAAGUGCUCUCCGCGACACUGAUGCAGGUGUCUCGUGACACCACCAUGGACGUGGCAUACCGGUCCGCCACGGCGCCGGUGUGCGCACUAGCAACGGCGUACCCGCUUGGCGAAGAUGUCACCACCCGCGGGCGCGUCCUGCUGCUGGCGACGUCACAGCAGGGUGGUCAAGGGAUGCAGAAGCUGCGCAUCUUGCACGAGGAGCCAAUGAAGGGACCCGUCACUGCCAUCACAAGGAUAGACGAGGAUUGCAUCGCGGUUGCCGUGGGCGGCACCGUACGCGUCUAUCGCUACGAUGCGAGCAAGGGCGUCAUGGAGACCACAGCAAUCUUGUACGCCGGGGCUUACGUAACGUGUUUGCAAGCACUUCGUGAUUACCUCGUCAUCGGGGACUUGUUUCACUCCGUCCUCUUCGCCCGCUACAGCGAAGAAAUUCACACCAUCACGAUCCUUGGACGGGACACGAAUGCCAUUUCGGUCGUUUCGAGUGACAUGCUGUAUCACGACACGCGCUUCGGCCUCCUUGUUGCCGACGACGCACGCAAUCUCAUGUGUAUGAGCUACAAGCCCCGCCUUCUGGAGGAGCCUGGCAAGCCGCCCAAGGUACUAGAGUCGCUGCUGAGCGUCACGGGCGAGUACCGACUGGCGGGCGGCGUGCUACUGAAGAUGAUGCGCCUGCGUGCCUCCGCGGCGCGGUCCAGCAGCGUCGCCAUCUACGUUACUAACAUGGGUGAGAUUGGCUACCUGGUACCGCUUGGGGACCAGACGAGUCGAACUGGGCAGUGGGUAGUGCGUCGCUUGCAGAGCGAGGUGGCCCACGCUGGAGGCCUGCCGCCGCGCAUGUUUCUCGGCUUUCCACAGGACGACCCGCUGCGCUCCCUCAAGGGCGACGAGUGGAUGCUGCACUUCCCCCUGCUGGAGCAGCUGUAUCGCCAAGACCUGCGCACGCGCAAACUAAUUGCCUCUGCGGCCCAAACGCAGCUCGAGCGUGUCAUGAAUGUGGGUGCCACCGUCUCGGCGGAGCUUGGGCACAUUUGA